AUGAGUAGUGAAAGUCGUGGCAGGCAUAAUGACCAGAAGGAUCAGUUGUCUAGAGAUGAGCUUCCCACUUUUGUACAUGAACCUAAAGCUUCACUCAAACGACAGGAACUGUAUACGGAAGACCGACCAAUUACACCGAUGCGUAGCACCACCUUCUACGAAGCACAUCACUCCGAAUUGGCUUUCAAGGAAGGUAAGAAUUGCAGUUGCUAG